AGAAAUCUAGGUUUCCGAAGGCACCACUAGCUUUGCUCCGCCAGCAGGCAGAUCUAUACUCUUUUGAACUUACGGCAUUGUCAUAACACAGAAGCUCUUCCUUCGGACACAACGUGACAUAGAUCCCCUAUAGCCGACCGUCGUUCCCUUUCUUCUGCUGUGUGAAGCCUACGAUUGAGUGAAUCAGAUUCUUGUUUCCAUAUCAUCUCCCUCUACAUAUACAUUCGCCUGUAGAGUCGAAGUCUGCGUCUCCUGAGUUGCACGUAAAAAGGCCGUUGGAAAGAACCGUGGUUGGCCGCUUAUGUCCGAGUCGUGACCUUGUUGUCCACACGUACCACAUUCCCUUUUAGCCACCGUCGCAAGCCAUGUUUCGCUUUGCUGUCCCCGGCGUGACGCUCACCCUCGGGAUUGUCGCCGCCUCUUCCUGCCAGCGCGCCUCCGCCUCCACCACCUCCGCCGUCUCCGCCUCCGCCUCCGCUCCUCGCGGUGCAGUAGCUGCGGAAAGCAAGCCUGCGGGUACAGGCGGAAAGGGAGGCUCAGCGGAGGAGAGCGAGCAGCGGCGAGUGAUUGUCGCCGUGGACCACAGUCGAGACAGCUUGCACGCCGUCGAUUGGGCUAUCGAGAAUCAUUUACGACCGUCCGAUCUAGUGACCAUGCUCCACGUGCAGUCUCCGACGGAGGCCCUCACUGCUCCCGGAAUCUAUGCAGUCCGGGAUGCUGAGACGGGUGGUGCUGGUAGCAGCAGCAGCAGCAGCAGCAGCACGGCUAGCGUUGAGCCUGCUGCAGCUUCUAGUGCUGACGAUCCUGACGCUUUCGCUGCCACGUCAGAUCCUGCUGCUGCUGACGCUGCCGCUGCUACAGUGGAUGAGAUGCUUCACCAGCCGUGCCUAACCCCAUUCCACUCCCUCUUCCCCCUCCUCCCGCCUCUCCCUGACUCCCUGCUCCACCUCAACCCUCACAACACCCUCAACCAUGGAAACAACCAACACAAUGACAAUCUCCCUGACCUCGACCCACCAGCCCUGGGCGACACGACGAUGAGCGAGGCGGCCAUGGACCAGCUGCUGGUGCGCACGGAGGAGAGGCAGAUCGCUGUCAAUGCGGAGCUCAAGCGGCUGCUGCUGCUGCGAUGCUCCAACGCAGAGCUGCAGUGCGAGGUUCGAGUUGUGCGCGACGCAGAUCCAAGGGAGCGGAUCGUAGCUGAGGUGGCGGAUAGGGAUGCUGACGUGUUGAUCCUGGGCAGCCGAGGGAUGGGGCCUGUGAAGAGGAUGCUGAUUGGAAGUGUCUCGGAUUACUGUGUCAACCAUGCACCUUGUCCGGUGGUUGUAGUUAAACCUUCAAGCUUUCCUAGUUGAGACUUUAUUGCUGUGUUCGCUGUGCUUUAGUGUGGGUGUGGUUCAGUUAUAUAUAUAUUAGACAAAUUGAUAUUUGAUACAUUAGGUGAACCAAUGGUAAUCCAAAAGGUAGAAGUGUAUUGUUGUUGAACGA